AUGGAUGCUGGGGCGCCGCCGUGGCGGGCCGCUGUGCGCAGACUGCGGCGCGGGCUCGCACGGGCGGCGCCGAGGAGGCUGGGACCCGACGGCGAGAUCGAUGCUUGGACGCUCUCGUUCGCGGACCCGCGGGUGGAGAGCGGCUUCCUGAGCAGCGGCCGCGAGCAGCUGCGGUCGUCCUUUCGGCGCGUGGUCGUCGUCAUCUUGUGCGGGGCGGCUUCCGCGGUGUACUUCCAUGUGUCCGGUGUCACGGAACACGGGAGCCAGACGCAGGAAGCACACAGGUUGAAGAGGUUGCAGGUGGCUUUGCAGGUUGCGUGCUACAGCGUUGAAUUGUCAGUGUUGCUCGCAGCCAUCGCAUUGUCGGGCCACGGCCUGCUAAGAACACGUGGCAUGGAAGCUGGGGCUACUGUUGCUAUGAUGGUGUGCGAGGUUCACACAUGCAUCAACAUAAGACAUUACAUUGCACGUACGUGCGGCUACGAAGAUCCGAGUGCUGUGUAUGGGGUGGACCUUGCAGGCUCAGACGCCCCGUUCUUGCUGGGCCUCACCUUGUGUAUCGCAGGGUCAGGCGUGAUGGUCAGAUGGAAGUUGUUUGUGCCCAUCGCAUUGGCAUCCGUGCUCGAGUAUGUGGCCGCAGCCUACCUCCUCGGCAGCCCAGACACGAGGAUGGUGAGCACCAACCUGCUCUUCUUCGCCUGCAUCGUGCUGGUGAUGUGCAGCGGGAAGCGGAGCUCCGAGAUCCAGGCCCGCCUGCUCCACCUGUCCUACCUGCGGGAGAAGGGCCUGCGCGUCCAGGCCGAGUUCUCCCUGGAGUGCAUGCAGGACCGCGCGGACCUCGUGGCGGAGCUGGGGAGCUCCGUCGCGGGGGCCUCCUCGCACUCGCCCGGCGGCGCCGCUGCGCCGCUCCGCCCGGGCUCCCCGCGCUCCGCCUCCAGCGAGCCCGCCGCCUCGGCGGCCGCGCGGCCCGGCCAGAGCGCCGUCCCGCAGGGGCCGGGCGGCCUACCGCUGGAGGCCAGCGUGUGGGUCGAGGGCCAGGCUGGCUCCUGCCUGCUCCGGGACCUCGGGCAAGGUCAGCGGGUGCUGUGCUACGACACGCUGGGGCGGUCGGUCAGGUACGCCCAUGUACUCGAGAAGCAGGUCAAGUUCCUGGCCGCUGCGUGGACCAACGUCGGCCUCGACGACGGAACGCAGCUGGCGAUGACUGUGGACCAACCAGUGCAGACUGCUGACGGGGGAGAGGUGGUUCGGGCUGCGGACCUGUCCCCAGGAGUCGACCACGUGGUGGUGCACAGGGUGGCGACGGCGCCCGUCGCCGUCAAGGAGGUGUCGCGGCAGCCAGAGGCGGGGAGCGCGCUCGGCUGGGUGCACCUGGCGGUGCGGCAGCCCGAGCGGCACCUGGUCCUGGUCGGGGGGCCGGGGGCGGGGUCGCCGCAGGACGCGAGGUCGAUGGCGGUGUGCUCCGCGGGCCUGUGCGCCGGCCCGCACGGCCGCGCGGGCCCGGAGCAGGGCGCGGGCCCGCGGGUGGCCCGAGCGCGGUCGGUGCCGCCCCAGGGUUAG